AUGGUUCUUCAGCCCGAACGCUGGAAGCACUAUUUGGCGCGGCGAGGAGACUUUACUUUGUGUGUGGUAGUGGAUGAGCUAGGGUUCCUCAAGUGCUGUAGUAAUUGUAUAUACGGCGGUAAGGGCACUAUGUGCACAAUUGUCGUGUCGCACUAUAUAUAUCGGAGCCUGGAAUACAUGAGCGUAAUGCUCAGACAUAGUGGUCUUUUUGGCCUAGUGUGCAACUCGCCAGUCCAGGGGCAGGUUAUAACAACAAUCCUCUAUGGUUGGGCUACCACUGGGUUGCAAACUCCGUGCGCCUCCGCUUCGCGCCUUCAAGCUAAUAUCACGGCAGGUCUUGAUGGUAUACAUUUAUCUAUGCUCCAACGACGCCGGGCCACCGCUGUGGCUGACAACGAGCCUGCCACCGAACGUGCCUCAUCCACCGUCCAAGAUGUCUAG